GGCCGGUCUGCAGAGCUGUGCAGUGCGCCUCGGGAGAGAAGCCGCUCGACUUGUUUUGUUUUGGUUGUUUUUGGUUCCUCUGACAAGUGACCGCGGGUCCGCGUCAACCGGAGCAAAAAAGAGUGUCCGCACGCUGGUGGUGAGUGUCGCCGGGCGAGGCGUCGUCGUCGUUCCGCGUUCGGGUCUCUACUCCGCGCGCGCGAUGGCAGCGUGCUACCCGGGCUUCGAACUGGCGCCGCCCCCGCCUACGUCGUCGACGACGUCGGCCGCCGCGGCGGCGGCGGCGGCCGCGGCAGCCGCGGCGGCGGCGGCAGCGGCGGCCGCGCGGGGACAGCAGACCAAGGACUACUCGCGGCCGCUGCACGUGGACUGCAGCGUCGAGUACGAGCUGCCGAACCAGGCCAAGCCCCCGGAGGGGGCCCGCUCCGAGCCGCUGCUCAUGAUACACCCCUGCUACUACCGGCGCGCCGAGAGCCAGCGGCGCAGCCCCUUCAUCAACAACCUGCCGAGGACGGGCGCGGCCGUGGCGGUGACCGUGUCCGCAGGGGUGGCGGCGCCGGCGCCCGCCCCCGCGCCAGCCGUCGCCCCCGGC